AUGCAAAACGUGGCCGAAUUACUGACUACUGCAGCGACCAUCAGGACGACACCAACGGCGCCAGAGGUAGCUAUGAAUGCCGUGCAGACCAUCUACUUUCCGCUGCUGCCACUUCCGUUUUGGCGUUCAGACACGUUUACGAAUACCAACGGCGUUUGCAUCGAACAAGUGUCACCGAAGCCGUUGGAAAUGAAGUCGAGGAAAAAAGCAAGGACCACGUUCACCGGUCGGCAGAUCUCAGAACUGGAGAGGCACUUCGAAAUCAAAAAAUACCUGUCGUCCAGCGAAAGAGCGGUGCUGGCGAAAAAACUGCAGGUCACUGAAACACAGGUAAAAAUAUGGUUCCAAAAUCGACGAACAAAGUGGAAGAAGCAUACAUCAGAGCGACCUCAGCAGAAUCCAAAUAAGAAUGUCAUUUCCACGAUUGACCCAGCAGAAAAGAAAGACGUCGCCAAGGACAGCGGAACUCUUAAGAUCGAGGAGACCAUCGCAGAGAUGCCAAUGCUCAAAACAUAA